AUGAUAGCUGCAGCUGGCAUUAAAAUUGCCCAAAACAUGAAAAUAUGUAAUAUGAAGCUUCUUAUUUUAUAUGGUUCACAAACAGGAACUGCAGAAGAAGUUUCAUAUGAUUUAGCAAGAGAAGCAGCUCACAGAUCAAUAGAAUCAGAAAUAUUCCCAUUAGACUCUUUUCCUUUAGAAAAUCUCAUAUACCAGCAACUUGCUAUUUUUGUUGUCUCAACAACAGGCCAAGGCGAACCUCCUGACAAUAUGAUAGUCUUCUGAAGAGCCCUUAUGAAUAAAAAUCUGCCUAAAACUCUGCUAGAAAAUAUGAAUUUUACUGUUUUUGGGUUAGGAGAUUCGACAUAUGAGCAAUUCAAUGCUAUUGCACGGAAGCUUUGGAUUAGGCUAACACAGUUAGGAGGGAAAGGGUUUUACAGAAAAGGACUAGGUGACGAAAUGCAUGAUUUUGAGUAUGAGGCUGAAUAUCACCCUUGGUGUGAAGGAUUAUGAGAAGCGCUGGCUGGUUAUUUUCCAAUUAUCAAUGAGGUAGAAAUCAAUAAUGAGCUAUUUCCUCCGCUAUAUGUUAUAGAAAAUGUAGACUUGGCUGAACAAUCGUCGAAGAGAAGCCAAUUAUCAGUUGUAUCUAAUCAAAUUAUCGCCCAAAAAUAUUCAAUAUCAAGAAAAAUCGUAUUGAGUGGUGACUUCUCUAUAAACCCAGGCGAUACUUGUUGCAUUUAUCCAGAAAAUAACCCUUCUGAAGUUUCAAAACUAAUGGAACUAAUGGGCUGGCCUAAUAACAUCCUCUCAAUUUCCAUAAAUCCUUCAUAUCCUUUACCCCCUAAAGAUCUACCCUUCAACUCCCCUAUAACCCUCCAAACCCUUCUUACAGCCUACAUAGACCUUCACAAGCCAGCAUCAAGGUAUUUCAUAUGAAUAAUUUCCCAUUUCGCUGAUGGAGCCCAAAAAGAAAAAUUAACUGAAAUGAGCAGUAAAACUACAGAAGGCCGCAAUGAAUACCACCGAUAUGUGGUAAAAGAAAAACGCAAUAUCAUAGAAAUCUUAUGGGAUUUUACUACAGUUAGGAAUCUUCCUUUAGAAUAUUUUAUUGAAGCUGCAGGAUUUUUAAAACCAAGAGAAUUUAGCAUUGCAAGUCCUCCUGGGAACUGUGGCCAGCUAGAAAUAUUAGUGAGCGCAGUGGAGCAUUUUACCCCUAUGGGAAGAGUUGUAAAAGGACUUUGUACACAUUUUUUGGCAAAAAUGCAGGCAGAAGAAAAGGUGUCUGCUUUUGUUAAAAGGGGGAGAAUGCCAAUUCCUCCUUUUAAUGCACCAUUAAUAGUGAUAGCUACUGGAGCAGGCUUAGCACCAUUAAAAUCACUGAUUUAUCAUAGGAUCCAAAAUAAUGCUUAUGAUAAUACACUGUUUUUUGGAUGCCGACAUCCUGAUUACGAUUAUCUUUGUAAAGACGAGCUUGAAUCAUUGCAAAUUAAAAAUCAGCUUACGAUUUAUAUGGCGUUUUCUCAGGUUAGUGAGCAUAAAUUUUAUGUCCAAAACAGAAUAAAAAAUGAAUGAAAAUUUUUCAGUGAAAAAAUUUUAGCUGGAGCUUUUGUUUAUAUUUGUGGGAAAUAUAGGCAAUUAGGAAAAAUAAUUGAAGAUGCUACGAAAUUUACUUUGGUUCAAGCAGGGAUAGAGGAAGAUGCAGCAAAUGAUAUUGUUCAAAGGAUGAAAAGAGAAAGAAGAUUUUAUUUGGAAUCUUGGUAA